AUGGCCCCGGAGCAAUUCCAACCUCCUGGCGCAUCCUACCCUACGGCGAAAUCACCCAACCUCAUCGAUAUUCUUCCUUCAGUGCAAAUCCAACUUUCAUCCGCUCCUUAUGUCAUUGCGCUGAGCCUCGAAGCUUCAGACCGAGCGGCAGGUACCUACCUGUCCAUAAUGGGAAAGAUCGCAAAAGACCAGCCUGAUGCAGGCCUGAAGAGUCUUAAUCAUUAUUCAAACCGACUACCACUUUGGCGGUACUGGCCACGACAAAAGCUUCUGCCUUUGAUUCGAUAUGAGACUCCCUAUCUUGCUUGGGUGCAGGAGAAAGUCCGUACCCCGGCGCUAGAUUCCUACUUUGCAUUCACUGCCAACCUCGGCACCCACACGUUCUUCAUGGUCUUUCUGCCAUUUCUUUUCUGGUGUGGCCACAACAGCUUAGGUCGCGGUAUGGUUCACAUUCUGGCAGCUGGUGUCUUCUUCAGCGGCUUCAUCAAGGACUUGCUAUGUCUGCCUCGGCCCCUUUCCCCUCCUCUGCAACGUAUCACCAUGUCCGGUUCCGCUGCCCUGGAAUAUGGCUUCCCAUCGACGCAUUCAACAAAUGCCGUUUCUGUUGCUGUUUAUGCGAUCGCUCUUCUCAAUUCUCCCGACUCGAUCGUUAGCCCGCAGACCAACCUAGCCCUUCAGGUGGUCAUCUACCUCUAUGUUACAUCGAUCGUCUUGGGCCGGCUAUAUUGCGGUAUGCAUGGAAUGCUAGACUGCUUUGUUGGUUGUACACUGGGUGCAUUGAUCGGGUACGCACAAUACAGCUUAGGCCCGGCAUUUGACGACUAUAUCCUGUCUGCGUCAUGGGUCGGAAUUCUUGCUAUUCCUCUCGUCAUUCUCAUAUUGGUUCGCAUCCACCCAGAGCCUGCGGAUGAUUGUCCAUGUUUCGAUGAUAGUGUCGCCUUUGCUGGUGUGACACUCGGCAUUGACGUGGGGUCGUGGUACUUCACACUUUCUAGCCUCGCUUGGUCCGAACCACUUCCUGGGACUAUUCCCUACCGUUACGAAAGCCUUGGGUUGAUGAAGACUAUCAUUCGUCUGAUUGUGGGUGUUUUGUGCAUAUUUGCAUGGCGAGAGGUCACAAAGCCCACCCUUCUUCGUAUCCUGCCGCCCGUCUUCCGCAGUCUAGAGAAGCUUGGUCUUCUCCUACCUCGAAGGUUUUUCAAAACUGCCUCGCAAUAUACAACAGUUCCCUCCAACUUGAAGGACCACGAUGUUCUUCCUAACUUUUCUGAAAUUCCUUCUAUAAUCACCACUAUCAGACAUCCGCGACGACGGGCUGUUUCCAUUGGUCCCCAAUCCGAAGCAGAUGCAUAUGAAACACUUGCAUACCGCGAGAAACGUCGGCGCGAGAGUCAAUCUGGAAGUUCCCGCGAUUCCCCUGCCGACGGAGAGACCAAACCCAAUGGGGCUCCCAUUUUAUUGCGAAAGCCCACCACGCUAGACCAAUACGAAAACAUGAUGGGAACCGGGAGUCCGAACUCAGCCAUGGUCGACGUCGAUGCCAACAUUCCAAGAUCAUCGCCUCUCCCGCCUCCCGAAUAUGAAACAUCUCGAUCGGAUGAGAAAGACGUGUUCUCUCAGAUUAAAAAGCCCCGUGUAAGAUACGAUGUAGAAGUUGUGACCAAGUUGGUUGUAUAUGCAGGGAUUCCGUGGGUCGUCAUAAACGUGGCACCCCCGGUAUUCGAAUUUAUUGGGCUUGGAGUCCCUUCUUAA